CACACACACCAACCAACGUUGUGUCCAUGCAGGAAAAUGGCUGAUGCUAAUAUUUCAGUAGAUGAGUUGUCAGUAGAUGAGUUCCUCUGUCCAGUGUGUCUGGGUCUCCUGAAGCAUCCUGUAACGACGUCCUGUGGUCACAGUUACUGUAAGGAGUGUAUUAAUCACUUCUGGGAUGAUGAAAAUCAGAAGGGAGUCUACAGCUGUCCUCAGUGUAGAGAGACUUUCAUUCCAAGACCUGUUCUACGCAGGAACAACAUGCUGGCUGAAGUGGUGGAGAAACUGAAGAAGACUGAACUCCAAGCUGCUUCUGCUCACUGUUACGCUGGACCUGGAGAUGUGGAGUGUGAUUCCUGCACUGGGAGAAAACACAAAGCCGUCAAGUCCUGUCUGGUUUGUUUAGCCUCUUAUUGUGAAGAUCAUCUUAAACCUCACUAUCAGUCUCCUGCCUUUAAGAAGCACAAGUUAGUUGAAGCCUGUGCAGAGCUCCAAGAGAAGAUCUGCUCUGAACAUGACAAACUGAUGGAGAUCUACUGUCGUACUGACCAAAGCCUCAUCUGUUACUUGUGUACGAUGGAAGAACACAAAGGUCAUGAUACAGUUUCAGCUAAAACAGAAAGAGCUGUAAAACAAAAUCAGUUAAAAGAGGAACAGGUGAAAUUCCAGCAGAGCAUCCAGACGAAUCAGAAGAAGAUGGAGGAGCUGAAACAGACUGUGGACCUUAUUAAAAUGCGUUCACAGGCAGCAGUAGAUAGCAGUGAGAGGAUCUUUAAUGAGCUGAUCAGCUCCAUGGAGAAAAAGCGCUCGGAGGUGUCGGAGCUGAUCAGAGCUCAGGAGGAAGCUGACUUGAGUCGAGCUGAACGACUCCUGAAUCGACUGGAGCAGGAGAUUACUGAUCUUAAGAGGAGAGUCACUGAGAUGGAGCAGCUUUCACACACACACGAUGACAUCCACUUCCUCCAGAGUUUCCCGUCUCUCUGUGUUUCUCCUGGAUGUGACGACUCACCCAGCUUCACUGUCAAUCAACAUCUCACAUUCGAUAAAGUGAGGAAAUUUCUCUCGGAUCUGAAAAAACGAUUUGAGCAAAUCUGUGAGAAGGAAUUCAACAAAAUCAGACCACAAGCUGCAGCAUUUGAGAUGAUUACACUGUCAGAACCAAAGUCCAGAGAAGAUUUUAUGCAGUAUUUCUGUCCUCUGACAAUGGAUCCCAACACGGCACAUCAGCAACUCCUCCUUUCUGAGCAGAACACCGCGGUGUCAUUUAGUACCACACGACAGGGAUACCCUGAUCAUCCAGACAGAUUUCACUCCAGGCCUCAAGUAUUGAGUAAGGAGAGUAUAUGUGGACGCUGUUACUGGGAGGUGGGCUGGUCCAGCGAUGUCGGUGUGUCUAUAUCGGUUUCUUAUAAAGACAUCAGUAGGAAAGGCGAGUUUAAUGAGUGUGCGUUUGGAUAUAAUAGUCAGUCCUGGAAUCUGGGCUGCUAUUUUCAUUCCUUUUAUUUUCAGCACAAUGAAAAAAAAAACGAGCUUCAGAGUCCAAUACCUUCUAAAAUAGGAGUGUAUGUAGAUCACGCCGCAGGACUUCUGUCCUUCUACAGAGUCUCUGACAAGAUGAGUCUUCUCCACAGGGUCCACACCACUUUCAAUAAGCCUCUUUACGCCGGGUUUAAUGUCGUUCACGAUGACUCCAUUAUAAGGUUGUAUGGUCCAAAAUGAAAUGUGAAUGUUUGCAGAGAGAAACUGCUUCGUGUUGCUGGAUCUUGGUGCAGCUCUUAACACCACAGACACUAAAUCACAGUAAUGAUCCAGACAGUUUAUGCUGGAACAAGUCUCUCUUUCUGCAACGUGUCUUUAUUGAUCGUUCUCCUUUUGGUAAAGUGUUGACUACUCUGUGUAUACAAAUAUAAUUUAUGAUUAUACAAAUAAAAAUGACAUUAAAAUCAAAUAAAUUUUUCACAUUCUGUAUUAAAGAAUCCUGUGUAAGAAAUAAAAAAAUGUGGUAGUGAAAAUAA